AUGACUCCUCCACCGGACUCUACUCCCCUCCUUGUGCAACUUUUCCAGCUUAUACCAGGUCUGGCAGCAUUGUACAUGUUGCUACUCCCGGUUCUCUAUCGUCCUUCGGUAGUGAUCAGCCAGAGACUCGCUCGCGAGCUUCGUGGUCAUCUCAACACUCAUCAUGCGGAUUUGGUCUCACUUAGCGAACAGGUUCAGGACGCGGAUGACGAUGGUUUGCCUUUGCUAAUGGCAAUUUCCCGUCUCCAUCGCCGUUUGGCUGCUUUAGACCAAGAGCCUAACCCUGAUUGGUUCGUGAUCCCUGAUGACGAAGUUAUAGCGCACAUCGUUCCUGUCACCGCUACUAUGCCACCCAGUCCCGCAGUCACUGUUUCUCCUCGCAGCGGUAAAACGGUACGUUGGCCGUUUUCUCCCCCGCCCUCGAGGUCGUUGGCGAUCGGACGAGACGGAUACGCGGUUGGUGAAAUCCCCAAUCCAGCCAUCUGUUUCUCACCCGGUACUCCUCGCUUUCGUCGUACUUCGCAAAACACGGGCAAGGACGCUUCGUCUUACGGAUCACCCAACAAGCGCGCGCCUAAACGCAAACCGAAAUCAGCGGAGUUCGUCAACGACUCACAGGAAGAAGCCGACCCUAAGAAGCAGAAAGGUAACGAUGGCGCUUCGGUUCCUAGUGCUAAGGCACUGGGUAAACGAAAGGCAGUCGAGAAUCCGCAUACGCCUGGCGAGUCCGCUGCCUUGGUUAAGGCUGCUCGUAAUAUCGUGACCCUUCGUCCUGCUGGCUCUGCGAAGGCUGCGUCCAACGCUGAGGCAGGUCCUUCUGGCUCCAAGAGGACUUCGUCGGGUAGAGGUAAAGCUGCCUCGACCACUUCCUCGGUCAAGAAGUUUCCGAAGGACGAGGGCAUCGUCGCGUCCCAGCUUACUGGCGUCGACCCUAUCGACCUUUCCACGCCUGAGGGGCGCAAACUCUUCAACGAGCUCAACCUCUACAUGGCCACUCUGACCCAUACGGUACUUGGUGCGAAGGAUGACAAGACAGGUACCCUCGAGACUCGUCUUCGGUCCUCUCUUCCUUCCGAGGCCUUUGUUUCUUCACAACCUCAGGAAGACGCCCGGAAGGAGCUUCCGAAAACAUCCAAAGACCUUUCAGACGACGGUCAAAAGCAGAUCAAGUACACUAUGCAUGAGUGGACCCCCGAGCUCGUCUUGGAGGGUAACACGCGCGCUUGUAUCCCCAUCAUUGGCGCUCGUAAUAUGCGAUACCGAGGAUGCGUACUCGAUGCUCAGAACCGUCCGUCCCCAGCCUUCAAGAAUUUCGCUUUUGUUUCCAACGGCCAAGACUGGUUCACUUUCGAUCGAACCCAGGUGAAGGACAAGGCCAAAUUCCUGGACUUCGUCCUUCCUCAGGUUCCAGUUCCCCCUUCUAGCAUCCCUACUGUCUACUACAAAUGCUACACUUGUAUCGUUAAACAGCGCGAGUGCCAUCCACAAAUCCUUAAUGGCGUCGUGAAUGUGAACGCUGAUCGGUGCCAGCCUUGCGCGGCUGACAGCUCUAACGUCCCUUGUCUUAACUCCAUCUCAGAUCCCGGUGGUCGCUUGUUCGACGAGCUCUUCGCAUCGGUGGAAGACGCGCCCAACACACGCUCGUCGCGUCCAGUUUCAGGCCCGCAAUGUACCACACCCUUCGUCAAAUGGCUGAGUCUCGAGGUUAAAGCUCUCGAGUCUGCGGCAAUGGCUUGGGAGGCCGAGAUGCGCUCUUUCCUGGCCCUCGUCAAGCGAUCGUACAAUACCCACGCUCUAGAUAGCUUGGUACCCGCUGUCUUCCCUUCAGUGGACUCCCUGAACGCGUUCUUGCACAGCUCCGACCACAUCGAGACGAAUGCUGACAACAUCCGCCCUGUCGUCACGCUUCCUUCUACCUCGGUCGACAAGAACCUCUACGGCGAUACCUACUGCCCGAGCAACUCAUGUACGGUCCCCACCUCUGGAACGCACGCCCCUGGUUCGGUUCCUCUCACGAAUACUUCUGAGGGGUUGCUCGCAUGGGAGAGCGAGUUUUCGACCUCCAUCGAAAGCUCUCUUCGCAAGUUGGCCGACGUUGCUGGGGAAAAGGCAACUGAAGACGCAGCCGAACCCGUUCCCAAGGACAGUGCUCAGGCCAUGGACGUCGAUUCUAAGUCCCCUACUCGUCCCAGUGAAUCGGGCGAUAUCGAGAUGUGUGCCGAGGGUAAGAAGCAGAUUACUUCGUCUUCUCCCUCGUCUUCUGGUUCUUCGUCUUCGUCUGGGUCCUCCUCUUCCGAAUCCGACUCUGGCUCUUCCGGCGACGGCAUGUCUUCCUACUCAUUUUUAAACCAUCUUUCUGACUGA